GGUUUGAUUUGAUUAACGAGUCCUCGAUUCUUCUACUCUUUUAUUUUUUAUUUUAUUUUAUCAGUGCAAGUUAUCAGUGAGAAUAAUUUUUGAGAUUUUUUGCUUUGUGAAUUUCUGUGAUAUUUUAUAAUUUGUUGUGAAAGAAAACAAAAACAAUUCUUACGGAUUUAGAGCAAUGUAUCCUUUAUCAAAGAAUAAAUCGUCAUUUAGAAUUGCUGAUAUUUUACAUCAGCAGCAACAGAAUCAACAUCAAACAGAUAGUCAAUUACUUGCACAUCAUUUAAUGUUAAAAAAUAAUAUUCAGUCAGGCGAUUUGACCAAGAAUAUGAAAGCACAUUCGAACGAGAUGAAAAACACAAAUGAUUUAUCGAUCGCUUCGAAAUCACCAUCACCAGAUAAAUCUCCCAUACCUGAAAUAUCUCCUGAACACGCAAUCAACAAAGGAGACAUACCAAUGAAGCCAACACCGCUUUAUACGAACUUUCCAUUGCCUUUCCCACUAGGAAUUCAUCCGGCAUUUCAUCCGGCUGCCGCUUAUUUAAAUUAUGCAGAUGCAAUUCAUAAAGUGUCUUCAUCAAGAAUGUGGCCGUUCUACCAUCCUUAUUCAAGUUAUUUAAUGCCACCAUGUGGCUCAAAGCGAAAGGGUGGGCAAGUUCGUUUUACGCCCCAACAGACACAAAACUUAGAGCGAAGAUUCUCCAACCACAAAUAUCUCUCACCCGAAGACAGGAGAAAGCUCGCUAUGGAGUUGAGUCUGAGCGAUCGUCAAGUUAAGACAUGGUUUCAGAAUCGGAGAGCUAAAUGGAGACGAGCAAAUAAUGCGACGGGUAGUAGCAAUGGACAGCCUAAUCAAUCUUCGAAUGGAGAUAAUGCGUCAUCUGGUGCAUCAAGUGAUGAUGAUGACAUAUCACAACGUCCCUUACAAAUGUACUUACAUCAUCAACAAUAUUAUAAACAAAUGAAAGAACUGCAGAAGCAACAAAAAGAAACAUCAACUACUAGUGAUAAUAAUAGUGACAACGAUGUUGAUGUGAAUUAACUACAUAAACUUUAAUUUAAGUGCCGAAAGUUUAUCUUUCCUUCCAUUUCAUUCUUUCGAAUAAUAAAAAUUUAAUGUUAAUAAAAACUAA